AGGAAGAGGAGGAAGAGGUGUGGCUGAGAGGAGAUGUGUUUCAGGUGAUCCCCAAAGAACCUGACCUCCUCCCAGCUCCCAUCCCGACACCUCCUGCUGCCAUGGAAGAGGAAGAGGAGGACGAGGAAGAGGAGGAAGACCCAGGGAGCAGAGGAGGUCUUCCUCCAGGAUGUGUCAUCUCUGAUGUCACUGUGACGUGUGAGAACAUCAAACUCACACACUUUCCUCCUCUGAGCAUCCCCGAACUGAAGUCUCUCAGUCUGGAGGGGAACAGCAUCAGCAGCAUCCCAGCAGGAGCCUUCAACGGCAUUCCCAACCUGGAAUGGAUCAAUCUGAAGAAGAACAAGCUCACCUCUGCUGGCAUUGAUGCAAAUGUCUUCAAAGGCCUGAAGAUGCUCAGACGUCUGUACCUGGACGAGAACCUUCUGGACACCGUGCCCCCAGACCUUCCCCCCACGCUGCAGGAACUAAAGAUCAGCGAGAACAAACUGAGAGGAAUAGAUGAAAACAGCUUCCAAGAUCUGAGCAGCCUGGUGACUCUGGAGCUGGAAGGAAACCUGUUAAGUGAGGGGAACGUGGAUCCUCGGGCCUUCACUCCUCUGACACAGCUCUUCUACCUCAGACUGGGAAGAAACCAUUUCCGCACCAUUCCACAGGGUCUUCCAGAGUCUUUACUGGAGCUGUAUCUGGAGAACAACCUGAUAGAGGAAAUCUCUGAGACUGUUUUCAAUCGGACUGGGAACCUGAACAUAGUUUCUCUCAGACACAACAAGCUGGAUGAGACCCGGAUCGCCUCGAUGGCUUGGUUUAAUCACAGAAACUUGGAGUCUAUUGACUUGUCCCACAACGAGUUCUACCUGGUUCCAUCCUUCCUGCCCAAAUCUUUGGUCCAUUUGGUCCUGGUGGGCAACAACAUCGAGAGGAUACCUGGUUAUGUCUUCGCCCACAUGGACCCUGGUCUGGAAUUCCUCUAUCUGUCCUUUAACAAACUGGAUGGAGAGGGAGUUGAACCCGAGUCAUUCUUCGGCGCCUAUCACUCCAUGACAGAAAUGUGUCUGGACCACAAUCAGCUGAUUUAUGUUCCCGUCGGCAUCAGCGAAAUGACCAACCUACACUUCCUUCGUCUCGACAACAACAAGAUCAGGAGUAUCUCUGACGAAAGCAUCUGUGACCCGAACCAGGGCGAGGAAACCCCUCUGGUGAGUUUGAGGAUGGAGAACAACUACCUGGACCCCCAGAAGAUCUCGCCCUCAGCCUUCUCCUGCGUCCGCUCUGCUUCCAGCGUGGUUUUAAAACCCCAGAAAACCAAAAACUAAGAACACGCUUUGGACUGAAUUCUGUCAAGAAAAGAAUGUUCAUUUCUCUCCGACUCUCCUCCUGAUGGGACAUGAACGACAUGACAAGAAUAAAAGAAAAAAAUAUAUAUAUAUAUAAUACUGUAUAUGUGUAUGAUGUACCUGCAGAGAUGUAACUGUCAAUGAUGGAAUUUGCCUUCUGGGAAAGUUCUGUCUGAUCUGUUUGGACUUCAUUUUUAAACGCGUUGUGUGUAAUAUUUUGUUCCAAACAUGCCAUUCAGAGGUUUGGUAACAUGUUCUGCCCGGUCCUGCGGUCCGGGUCGGGCUUUAGAGCGAUGACAGAACUCCUCCAGGACGCGUCGGUCUCCUUCAGUACGACUGGAAAGAAUCCCCGCAGCAGAAACUGUAAAAUACUAAUAAAAACGUGGAAAGAAUGUCUUUGCAGAGACACCGCAGAAACCUUCAUGUUCCACUUCUCAGCCAUGGUUCUGAUCCAGAAAAGGUCCAACAUGAUGUGGAGCGUGAGAGGAGUUCUUAAAGGUUCUGUAGGGUCAGGUUAAACUAAAGCAGACGUCAGGACAUGGUUUUUGUUUAUAUCCUUUGUCUCACCUCGGUGAGCAGACAGAACCUCAGCUGCGCAGAUGAAAAAAAAUAUGAGAAGCUGCUUUUAAAUUAUCUCAACAUUUUUACUCUGAUGAAUCAAAAUAAAUAAAAAUAAUACCUGGAAAUGUGUUUAUUGUCAUGUAUUCAGUCAAAUUUAGUUGUACCAAGCAGGUCAGCUGGUGGGUCAAGCUGGUUUGGUUUGGACUCUUUUG